UGGAGCAUUGGAGAGGACUGUGGCAUUGCCAUGCUGUCACACACACAAAGCGGAGGGAUGGAAGAACAGCUUGGAUCCAACCUGAGUCUCCCUGGCCUGCAUUGCUGGCUUUGCAGCUGCUGUUUCUGCUGAAACCCAAGAAGCAACUGAACAGGGAUCCAGCCGAAGGAUCCAUGUCACCAGAGACGCUUUUAUUACAUCUCCUGCUGCUUUUGUUCCUGUUUGCCCUUUGGGACCAGAGGACUUUGGACUCCAACAGAAGGAAAGGCCAGAGAGAAAGGCUGGCAGGAGAACCGAGCCGGGUUUCGGACGAAGGGGACCCCCAAACCCAGCAAAUGGCAAAGUUUCUCUCUCAGGACCAAAUCAACGAGUUCAAGGAAUGUUUUUCCCUCUAUGAUAAGAAACACAAAGGCAAGAUCAAGGCCAGCGACCUUCUCACGGUGAUGAGAUGCCUAGGAGUCAGCCCCAUCCCAGGAGAAGUGGCCAGGCAUCUUCAGCAGCACAAAAUUGACCGCAAUGGAGAGCUGGAUUUCUCCACUUUCCUGAGCAUCAUGUACAAGCAAAUGCAGCAGGAAGACCCCAAGAACGAGAUCCUCUUGGCCAUGCUCAUGGCCGACACACAGAAGACCGGAUUCAUCUCGGUGGCAGAGCUGAGGGCCAAGCUGAUGAAUUUAGGAGAGAAAAUGUCCCGGGAGGAAGUGGACAACCUCUUGAAGGACACCAACGUGGGACACAAUGGAAUAGUGAAGUAUGAAGACUUGGUCCGUUCCAUCACGCUUCCCCUUCCCGACUACUGAUGGUCCAGGCUUCCAUGAUGGUUUGCAGUGUUUCCUUCUGGUGCCUCUGUUACUUGCUUGCCUUGCAAAAUAAACCAUUUGCCUUUGGAAA